CAAUAUAUCAACUACACACAUAGGCUUCUUUUUCCCCCUUUCAGGACUCCUCCAAAUGGAGCUGAAGUGCUGAUUCCCCAAAGUGGAACAAAACCCAAACCAAUCACUAAUGCCACCCUAGGUAAUACACCAUUUAGACACUAAACAUUAGUCCAGAGGAUGGAAUGGUAGACUAUAGUGUGUCCUCUUAUGUGAAGCACAUGGAAAGAGAAUCUUGUGAACAUCUCCAACUUGGGUUGGUGGGCCUUCCUGCUCCUAAGAAAGAUUUUCAAAUGCUUCUACCAGAAAAUGCUGAGAAGGAGCUGGAAGAUCAUGAAACAGAUGAUUCCUACAUUGAAGAUACUGCUCUUGUGGAUGCUGGAAAGGAGGCCAUAUGAGAAGCUGAGCAUGUAAAGGAAAUGAAACAAAUGCACAAAGCUGUUCAGAAGGAUAUACCACAAGCGUGUGAAGUAAAGGAAACUGUUUUAAGACCUGUAAAUGUAAACUACCUCUAAAAGAUUUACAGAGAAGUGAAGAAUUGAUCAAAAAAGAAUUGAUGAUAAUGCUUCAUUAUGACCUACACCACCACUAUGAGCCGUCUGGAAAUAAAAAGGGAAAAACUGUUGGAUUGGUACCAACAAAUUACAUUACCUAUCUUGAGCACAGCCCUUAUGAGAAGUUCUCCAAAGAAAUUGAAAAAGGCCCAGGAUGUUCUCAUGCAAGAGAUGGACAUGGUAAAACAAGGAAUGAGCCUUGGAGAAUCUCCAGUGAAGCUUACAACCAGGUGUGGAAAGAAUGCUACAGUCAAGUGCUGUAUCUUCCUGUUCAGAGCUGCUACACAAGGGCAAAAAGUUAGCAAAAAGGCCAGAAUUGGAUCACUUGAAAAAAGACUUGAGAUAAAAAGGGGUCACAUGACAACAGAAGCCAAGAGAGCUGCAGAGAUGGAAAAGAAGAUGAACGUUUUGUUUGGUAGUUACCACUCACCUGCUAUGGGGCUCAUGAGUAAGCUGGAUGACUUUUGGGACCAAAUUGAACAGGCUCUCUUGAAGCUUUGCACUUUUGAAGAACUCAGGAAACAUGAAGAUUGCCAUUCCUCAGAGGCUAGAGUGUCUAAAAGAUGUGCAGCAGCAACAAGAAUGAGAGAAAGAGCUUCAGGCAAAGUUCUGAAGCACAGUUGAUGCUCUGCCACAGAAGAACUAGUUGGAAUGUCUUCUUAGCAGACCACUAGCUUCUACCACCUCAGGAGCUAAGAAAGGCAUCAGAGAAUAUCUGAAACCUAUUGCUGAGAUUUCCUCAUUUUGUUUUUAACCCACUUACCUGAUGUCUCCAUGAUGCAUUUGUCAAAUGCAUCGAUUUAUGACAUUCUUUUGUUCAACCUGAAUCUGUGUUCCCAGGCUGUCCUUAUUCAUGUUUGACUCAGAAAAGAACCACAUCUUACUGCCUUUGGGGUGAGCACUGUGCUUUGUGUUGGCAAUGGAGAACAAUACUUAUUCCUAAUUAUCAAGUGGGGGAAAACAGGUGCUGUUACUGGAGGUUUACGUGCAAAGUCUGAAAUCAGACAGCUGCAGAUAGAGAAAUUAGCAUCUUUGCUGGCAGAAGAUAACUCAACACAUCUGGGCAUGAGGCAGAAUUGUAGAAGCAGGAGAGGAAGUGCAGCAGGAGAGAGCCAGGAGGCAAUGCCGCUGCUUAGGAGGUGAGACCGGCUGAGCAGAAAA